UCCAAAAGGCUCUUUCGCGUCGCGCUUCCGGCGAUUUCCGGCGACUGCUCUCGCGGGAUUGGCUGUUGGCGGCGUUGCGGCUGAGCUCGUGUGCGGCGGCAGCGGCGGCGGUGGCGGUGUUAGCGGCGGCUGCAGCAAAGCGUUUGGCGCGAUGUCUCACACCAUUUUGCUGGUACAGCCUACCAAGAGGCCAGAAGGCAGGACUUACGCUGACUAUGAGUCUGUGAAUGAAUGCAUGGAAGGUGUUUGUAAAAUGUAUGAAGAACACCUGAAGAGAAUGAAUCCCAACAGCCCCUCUAUCACAUAUGAUAUCAGUCAAUUGUUUGACUUUAUUGACGAUCUGGCAGAUCUCAGCUGUCUUGUGUACCGAGCUGAUACACAGACGUACCAGCCUUAUAACAAAGACUGGAUCAAAGAGAAGAUCUACGUGCUCCUUCGUCGACAGGCCCAACAGGCUGGGAAGUAACCAAGUUGGAAGCAUCAGGGGCUGGGGGUGGGCUUGAAACAGGUGCAUACAGUGUGCUGUAGUGAACAUUUUGUAUGAUAGUAAUCCUGUUUCCAUUUUGUUACUAGAGCCAAGAUUGAAUGUAUGACAUGAAACAUGAAUGAUCUUUUCAUUCAGAAACCACCAUUUGCUCCCCCUUUGCUCCUUUUCUUUCUUUUUUUACUUAAACAUUUUUAUGAUAACUCAGAGAGAAAGUGUUUUUUUGCCACUUAAGGUUGGUUCCAGUCCUUGAAACUGUUCGUAUCUGCUCUAUAGCAGUGAGUGCACUAACCCUUUAUGGGGGUGGGGGUGGUGACAAGGUUAGUUAUGUCCUCUGGGAAAGUCUUAGUGAAAAAUAAAGAAAUGUUCUGUA